AUGCUGGUUUCUUUUGGCUCACCGCAUGAGCGGGUCGGUGAUGAACUGCUCUGGUGUGCCGCCCUUGGGAGAAUUGCAACCCACGUGAACGUGUGUCUUCCACUCAUCCAUGCACGUCCGUCCAGAUCGCGCAGGCGAAUUGGCGAGUGUGUGCGCAUGCGUGGUCGUGUGCCGGCCUGCGUGCUUUUAGGUGCGCCUGCGUGCGUCCGCGUGAGUGGGGGCAUUUGCGUGCCGCCCACCCACCGACCCACUGGCCCGCCGCUGCCGCCGCCGCCGCCGCCUCAGGCCCGGAGUGGCCCAGAUCGACCGCCCGACGGGCCGCCGGGCCGAGUAGACCUGAGGCGCGAAUCAUGCGGGCGCUUCAGGCGCAGAGGAUUACAUAAACUGGGACGGAGAGCAGCAAAUUUCACAACCGGCCUGCCCACCUCGGAAAUGCGCUCGUCUGCCUGCAUUUGCAUUCCGGGCCGCCACUUUGAUUCGCCAUUGCGUCAAGUCGGCUGUCUGCCCGUCUGCUCGUGUGUGCAGACGGCCGAGUGUCUGUUAGUCUGUAGGCCGCUGCUGCCGCAUCCAGCCCUACAGCCCCAGAGAGAGGCUUUCUUCUGGCUCUCGUCGCCUAGCCGUCUGGCUGCCUGA